AUGAAGGCCAUGUCGAGCUUCUUUGUUCUGUUGCAUCUCACCCUCUGCCUCACCCUCCAUCCCCACCUCAUUGUUGCCCGACAAAACUUCGGUUCCACUCUCAUAACAAAGGCCUGCGAGCGUUCCGCCCACCAAGAGUUCUGCCUCAAUGUCCUCAAUGCAGACCCAAACAGCCAAACAGCAGACCUGAAAGGCCUUGCCUUCAAUGCACUCAGGUACACAUCCACAAACGUCACAGACACGUCUGUCUUCAUCAAGCAAUCUCUUUCGAACACGGACGAGUUAGACCCCAUCGUGGAACAAGCCCUCACUGACUGCAACGACGUGUAUCUAUCGACGGCUGACCUGAUCGAUGAUUCGAUUAAUGCUUUGGUUUCCAAUGCCUAUCCUGACGUUGAUAAAUGGGUGAAAGCCGCCGUUGCUAAUAUUGAUACAUGCGAGGCUAGUGUGACGAACAAGACCGGAAGUGCUCUGGAGGUGUCUCACAAGAAUCGGAUUCUUCGCCAGUUGUGCAACACUGCUUUGAGUGUCGUCCAUGUUUUGGCUAAUAACUAA